AAGGAACUUUGACGUCACUAAUCUAAAUAAUUUACGGGAAUUUGCCUUAAAGCCGACGCUUAUUAUGACGUGGGCUGGAGUGAACCUGUGGAAAGUGCGGAGGCUAAAGCUAAAAUGUGUAAAUGGGUGUGUAAAUAAAUGGUCAAAUAAAACAUAUAUAGGAAUAAAAGUGUCCACUUUGUUGGCCUGGCUUCUUUGCUGGCUGAAGAGUUCACGUAAAGUGGUACCAUGUCCAAACAUCCCGAGAAGCCCAGCGUGCACUACAGCGUGCCAGAAUGGUGCGACAACAACAACAGCCUGUCUACCACCGCACAAAUUGAGCAGCAUCUCUCCAACGUAAUCCGCCAAGAAAGCAGGUCGCUGCGCAACGACACCAACUGCAAGACCACCUGGGACGAGAGUAACACUUCCAGCAGAUUGAGCGAUCGGAUCUGGGAGGUGACGAGGUGGAAGGAGCUGAUUGUAUCAUGUGCGCACAAAGUGGAUGAAGAGAUGGAGGCGCUGACAUUGUCUAAAACCCGGACAGAGGAGACCCUGGCUGCCACCGCAGUUCCCUUGGAGGUGAGCCUGGAGAGCCUGACCCUGAGGGAGGGCCGGCCUGGGCGAGAGCUGGUCAACGACCCCGUGGAGGAGCAGUUAAAACAAGAGGUGCACGUGAUUGAAAGCGUGCAGAAAGCUCUGCAGCAGCACAUUGACGAAGCCUUCGCGCAGCUCUGUAUUUUGCAGAAAAUUCGACAACAGCUGACAGCGGACCUCCAAAACAAGAUGGAUACGCUGGAUAUUGAUGUAUCCUGUCUGGCGCUCAAAAUAACGUCCACGCAGAUCUCCCUCAAGCCCAAUCCUACUCGAAUACCUGCAGGCACCUGCACACCACAGGAGUGGGUCAAGUUCAGCCAGCUUAAUUUGGCGCGGGCCCAUGAGGCCAUGCGGAUGUCCCAGAAAAUGAGGGACGACAUGAGUCUCUCCCGCGUCAAUCUGCACAAUGAGCUGAAGAAGCAACAAAGCGCCACCGAGUUUGCACUUCGUAAGCGCAGUCACCAAGAACAACAAGCUUCCAGUCAGCUUCAGUGGCAGCUGAAAAACACUGAAAAUGAGAUAGCCGAGAUGGAAAACGACAUCUUCAGACUAGAUGCCGAUUUGCAGGCCAAAAUGGCCCCGUUGAAGUUGGCACACACCAGACUGGAGAACAGAACCUUCAGACCGGGCAUGGACCUGUGCAGAGAUGAGGCACAGCGUUCCCUUGUUGAUGAAGUCAAUCAGCUGCAGGCUACCAUUGCCACUUUGAAGAAGAAGCUCGCUGAAGCCCAGCACUCGUUACAGAGGCUGAAGCUCCAUCACCACCAGCUGUUACAGGAUCUCGCCAGGAAACGCGACGCCCUGGCUCUGGAGCAGCGUUGCAUGAACAUUCGCAGCCGCCUCAUCCCAAUACUUUACGGCGAUGACACCCCGGUACCGCUGGUCCAGCUCACCAGCUCUAGUGGGAGGAGCACCCAGCAUCUCAAGGCUCAGUAGGGUUUUGUCGUUUGAAUCAAAUCCCACUAAUCUACAAAGAGGAUUGUGUCCUUUCCAUCCCGGAUUGUAUGAGGUGUGUCGUGCUGAAUCGUCGGGUAGGAGGGUUCAUCCAAAUGAUGUUUUUGUAAAAAGCCUAUCAAGAUAUUUCU